AUGAACACUGGCUGUCUAUCGUUCUUCACUCCAAAUCAUUUAAGCCACGCGAAACAGUGGCUGUUAAAAGGUAGUCAAUUCACACUGGUCUGCGUCGCUUGCCUAGUUGAGAUAAUCGAAAACAAAAAUGAACCGUCAAUCAGAAAAACGAAAACACUUCAAGAACUGCUGAAACUUGUUUCAAACGGAGCUGUGCUCACACUUUUAGCUGAAAAUGAAAAUGUUUUAUCACAUUUGUUGAAAUGCCUGUGGGAACUUAUGGAGAAUGAGGACGGUAAACUAACUCAGCAUAUUACUGUGGUUGAAAUACUCUACCAACUUUGCUGUGCUUUGAAGUCGGAACUAUUUGUGGAGAAAGUCGUGGAGAAACUCGCAUCGAAGUUGGUUUCAACUGAGAAUGUCAAGAAAGUCUCCCCACAGCUGAAUCUCUUGGGAAAGCUUAUUCAAAACAUUCCAGCUUUGGCUGGCAACUUAAUACGAAGUCGUAUCAGUGUUGUAAGCUAUCUCGGAAAGUGGACGUCCUACCCUGACGAAGGCACAAGAAGUUCGUUGUUCUUUAUCCUAACACAUUUCUACCGUUAUCCAGAAUACUGUGCUGAAAUUCCAUGGGAGAUAACGGAUUUGGUUUUCCGAGAAUGUUGUGAAGUGCUGACUACGGCUACUUCAAAAGAGCUUCAAAUCAAUUCCAUUGCCUUGCUACAGAGCCUGACUGCAAAGAUAAAUUCGAGUAGUAUGAGUAAGGCAAUUACAACCAAUAAGGUCUUAGUUAUCACAUGUUUAAAGAAAGCAUUUUUGUCCACUGUCGAUCUUGUGCAAACUAUCGCGAUUGGUUGUCUCAAUAAUUUGGUGGAAUUUGAUGAGAGUAUAAUCAGUACGGAUCUACCGGGGUUUAUCUUUGAGGUUUUCAACUCCAAAAGUGAUACAUUGCUAUCUCUUGGUCUACAGAGUGUUUGCCGAUUUUUGGACAAUAAACAGAUGUACACAAAAGGUCACGUGGUUUAUGGUUUUGACGUCAUGCUCUCCGCGUUGCUAGCAGCAACUGAUAACAAAAACAUGAAGGUGCUGAGACAAGGUUUUGAGGUUUUAAGAAAUAUCUUUGAAAAAUGUCCACAGGAGCUGGUUUUCAUUUCAAGUCAGGAUGUGCUUAAGAAGUGUUUGGAGGUUAUCACAAAGGGGUUGUCUACCUGUGAUGAUACUGUUGUUCUCCGAGCAACUUCGUGUUUAGGUGUGGUGUUAGAUGGACGACAUUAUGGAUGUGAUGUGCCAUAUGGUCAAUUACGCGACUUGAUAGAAUUGGUUGUGAGAAGGUUGGAAAAGGUUUGUCACAGUUCUGGACAUUGGAAUCGUGUUGAGAAUAAAGGUCAGUAUUUGUUCUUUUCACUGCAAGGAAAAGAUGGAAGAGAAAAGUCAAAAGGGAAGAGUGGAAGGAGAGAAGAAAGGAAAAAGAAAUAGGGAAAGAACAAAGAAAAAGAAAAUCGAAAGAAAAAGGGUGCUGGACUAUUUUAACCAUAUUUUUAUUUUUAGAUCUGAAAUCAUCAACAAUUGCAGCCAUCUUAGAAGUGGUCAACAAAUCCCUUGAGUUGGUUAUACGUGGCAGAAGUAAGCCUCCAUCCAUAGAAAUCUUACUAGCAUGCACAGUGGAAUCCAUUAUGCAGGAACUGGAGGAGUUUUUUAACACUCUUCUGAAUCUAUGUGAUCAGAUCUGCAUCCCUAAUGUCAUUUCAAAUCUACGAAACCUCCACGACACGUCUGCUCCAGAAACGUUCUUCAACGUUUUGGACAAGCUUCUGCAUACAUGUUCAGGAGAUGCCAAAGGAAUGGCCAAGAAGUUUGUGUCCUCCUGUUUCAUUCGGAUUGCAUUGGAAACAAAAGCGCAGCAUUUUGGGAAAAUGUCUUCAACUAGUGUUCAAGAAGCUAUCAAUGAGUUUCUGGAGACAAUAUGUUGCCUCCUUCUCCCCAAUGACAUGCGAGAAUACGCAAAAAAUCUACUAAGUUCGUCCCUUCAAAGAGUAAACGGAACAGCACAAGAAUUACUACAAGUCUUAAAACAGAAUAACUCGCAAGACGAGGCACUUAAAACUACCCAAGGGUGUAUACUAAUUCUUUUCAACUUAGCUUACAGCAAUGGAGACCGCCUCACUCCAAGAGCUCAACUGUUGCAUGCUCUGAGUACAUUCCUAGUACUUAACCCAACAUGUCACUUUGACAGCUCAAUGGUUAUUCUGCGUUGCUUAACCCAGCUGUAUAUUACAGAACUUCACAGAGGCAGGUUGGAUGGUUCUCCCCUACAUGUCAACGCCCAAAGAAUCCUAGCUGAAGGACUGCUAAGGAAUAUGGAAAGUUUAAGCGUUUUGUAUUUCCAUGAUAUAGCGCUACUUGAAUGGGCCGUUGUAUUUCAGGACCUUGAUCCUGAUCCACGGAAAGAAAUUAUGGAGUUAUGGUUCAGCCAUGGAUGCGAGACAGACAUUAAGGAGCAAGAAAUGACGUUUUCGAGACGAAAGGUGGAUGAAAAUCCUAAAAUACUGUUAAUGUUGGUUUCUAUUCUGAGAACAGCUGAUGUCCACGCUCAAAAUUCCCUAUUAGAAGUAAUUCAACACGUACUGCAAUCUUGCAAUGUUGAGAUCGUAAAGCAAGUUCUUCCAGAUCUUAAACAAGCUUUACAAAAAUUAUUCCUGAACCAAGCAGUGGAACCUUUACCAAACCCGAACAUGGAGAGCAUCCUGCAGUUACUGUGCUUGCUGGUAACAACUUGUGUAACGGAACCGCUAGAUGAAGACUGUAUUAAAUUGGUUUACCAUGUUGUGAAUUUUCUAACCCAUCACGCAAACUCAUCCAGACUGUGCGUCAAAUGCUUGAAUUUCCUAAACGCUUGCAUUAUCCAAGAUACCAAACAUGGCUCUGAUAAAGUUCUGUCAUUCUUGUUAAACCAUCAAGAGUACAACAGUUUUCUUGAGAAAGUAAUCCACUCUUACCAGAAUUUCACAGAACUUGAGAGUACCCAACAAAGCCCAAGCCUUGCGGCAGUACUUCUGUCCAUCAGUCAUCUACUCCAUCUGCAAAAUGUUUUCGGUAUUUCAACAAAGAAUAUUGUAACUAUAAAAAUCGAAGCUGUUUUGCAAUUACUGUGUCAUAGUUCAAACCCUUUGCUUCAAUUUGCUGCAAAUGUAUUCUGGGAAAGCGUGUUAAAGUGCUUAGAAUCUAGUAGGCUUUUUCAUUCAAAUGUUGUCCUACUUUCUGAAGAGAAUACAGCGUGUGGAGCCAGCAGUUCUGAGGGGAACACGACACAGGAUAGUAGAUCUGAGAGAAAGCUAACUAAGGUUCAUUUACGGAUGAUUCUAGUUUAUCUCCAGAAUUCACUACUUCAUGUGAACAUGCUUGUGAAGCUAACCUCUUUAAGAUGUUUGGAAGCAUUAUUCUCUUUGGAAGAACAUGCUAGAGAUCUGAUCCAAGAUCCGUGGAAUAUGUUCAUGCUUCGCGAAUGUAAAGACUUCAGUUCUCCUACCACCUUGGGUUGUACCAUGAGACUGUACUCCUUAUUUCUUCACCACAAACGAUCGAAGUCAUUCACUAUUGAACUACCCAUAAAAGAUCUCAUUAAAGCAGUACUGGAACAAUCCGACUGUGAAGAGAGUGCCAAGGCAAAUCCAAUGCCGGACUUGUAUUUAUCAGCACUACCAAGAUUCUUCAGCGAGGUUAUUCAGUAUAACCCUGACCUGAUGAUGGAUGCGGACAAAUCAAAGUUAAAGAAUCAUGUGAAACAACUGGUCGAGAGCUAUCACAGGAGCAAGGAUGAAAAACAUGAAGGGCGUUUUGUUUUUCUUCAAGAAAUGUUAGUCCAUGAUGAAAUAAUACAGGGGACAACGAAAAACAUUCCAAAUUCUCUUAACGAACUCUUAGCUAGACUGGAGUAA